UUUAAGCUCGUUCCGUGAUUAUCUUCAGCCGUAAGGGUGUUUUGUCCUAUAAUACCCCCACCCUCUGCCCAACAUUGAAAUAGCCAAUUCAGUUCAGGUGCCCUCAGCCCUGGGCACUAACUAUAAGUAUUACACUGCACUUGCAGAUAACUAUCGACAACAAUGAGUCCUGAUCCUCGCACAACUGAUUUCGGUUACCCUGAAGACGGCGCUCGCUGGACGUAUACAUUACUGUCUGAGCCAGAUCUCUCCAACGAGCUCACUCGUUUGGCUUCUGCAACUUCGCAUGGCUCGACAGACUCAGUCUCCUUCCAACCAUCCCCCAACCCAGAGUGCUACAGUCAGGAUCGAUAUGUGGUACAAGAUUGGCAUCUUUCUACUGGUAUUUGGCGCUUCCAUGCCAUCUUUGAUGGGCAUGCUGGAGAAGAAACUGCUGACUACGCCGUCGAAAUGCUGCCCUCUCUCGUAAAGCAGCACAUCCAAAAUUUCCUGGAUAAUCAUACAGAUUACAGUUCGACAUCCAUCUCGGACGUGAUGGUCAAUGCUAUCUCAUCUCUAGAUAAUGCAAUUGCCCGUGACCUCCUCGAGAUCUUUCCGGACCCUCACGCACUGGACAGUCUUUCAGAUGUCGCCGUUAGAGACGUUAUUAAUGGCUCGGAUCGAGGUGGCCAGAAUAUUACCAAGGUGUUGCGUUGUAUGAGGGGAACAACUGUCCUGGUCUCCCUUGUAGAUCCCACCAAGACGCAUCUUUGGGUGGCAAGCCUGGGGGAUUGUCAAGCAGUUUACGGCAGGCAGGACGAAUCUGGGGUCUGGGAAGCUAUUCUCUUGAGCUCUAACCACAAUGGUACCGAAAGCAGCGAAGUGGAGAGAAUUAAGCAAGAGCACCCAGACGAACCUGGAUGCAUAGUGAGGCAUAGGGUUCUCGGAGCCAUUGCCGUCACACGAGCUCUCGGUGACCAUGAGUUCAAAUUGCCCAGAGUGUAUACUGAACGCGUGUUCUUGAACGCAGUUCCUGGCUUCCGUACUCAACAAUCCGUCGAGCAAUUCAUAAAGAGGAGUUUCACGCCGCCAUAUGUAUCCAACAUUGCCGACGUGAAACAUAUUACGCUCGACCCAAACAGCAAAGCGAGAGCAUGCCUCGUGAUGUGCACAGACGGUUUGAUGGAUCUUUUUGAGGGUGAGAGCCGAGAGGGCGGUACCCUCGAUAUUUUGGCACUCGGACGACGGUGGCUAGAGAUAAUUGAACCUAUCGUCUGGACUAAAGGCACCAAUGCAGCUUUGCAUCUCCUGCGAGACAGCCUUGGGGGUGCAGAUGAGGAUAAGGAUCGGUGGAUGGAUGACACUACCAUCCUGAUUCAGCGUCUUUGAUGAGUAAUUGAUAUAUAUAUAUAAUAUAAUAACCAUUAAAUACUUCUGCCGCAUACCAACGAC